AUGGAGUCCGUAAAAACCUUUAAAGCAGCCAUUAAUCGCACCUUUGCCGAGAAAGGUGGUGUUAUCUGGCAAGGCAUCAACGAAAUACAACUAUCGACGUAUAUCAUGGACAAGUUGAAGGAGUUUUCGCAAUCCCCAGAUGCAACAAGGCUACACGGAUCGCUAAUUAUUGGAAGACAACCAAAUUUCAAGAGAAUCGAUGUCAAUGGCGAUUUUGUGGAUGACCCGGAUAAUGAUCCAGGACUUGAAAUGGACGGAAAUGUUAAGAAAGUCGACGAUAUCGAUGCGACUGUAUACAUUUUCAAUGAAGAGGUUCAGGUAGGUUACAUGAUAAUAUUUGUCACGAGUACAGCUAUACACAUGCAGUGUAGAUUGCCAGAUUGGCAUGCAAUGAAUUGUUCGAAUGUCGAAGUUUUAUUUGCGUUUUAUGUAGUUAAUUAUUUUAUUUGCGUUUUAAGUAGUUAAUUAGUCAUUGUUCGAAUGUCGAAGUUUUAUUUGCGUUUUAUGUAGUUAAUUAAAGAAAUUUUCCUGGUUAGGCCUAUAUGACUAUGUUCUUUUUUUUUCCUGUGUUGGUGGAAUGUACUCAUGUGAAUAUGAUGCUCGUGAUGUUACUCUGAGUGUAUAUCCACACCGGGAUAUCCUAUACGUACGACUUUUGGAUGAUAUUUUUCAAGCUUUCCCGGUUUGGAUAUACACUCAGAUUAACAUUCUCCGAUCUGAGUUGACGUCUCCCUAUCUACCGUAUUAACCUCGGAAUAAAAUCCCCAUCGAAUAGAAGCCUCCCGUUCAUAAGCCCACCAUAUUCACUAACAACGCUCAGGCCAUUCGGAAUAUAAGGUCCCCUCGUGUAUAAGCCGAUGGCUUUUAGACGAGCGACGAUAAAUUACAUUACAGAUAAACUAGAAGUUACUAUCGCAAGGAAAGUGCUGCCUCACCCCCAAGGGAUCAAAGACAGGGAGCAUACGCAAUUUGCUGAAUAAUGGCUAUUUAUACGGAUCUCGCUUAAACCGCUUUUCCAGGACGAGAUAUAAGGCGCGAUGAUUUUGUGAAAAACUUUAUUUUCUAGAGAUGGAUUAUAGUCAACUGUAAACGAAAGGUUGUUCAAAAAGCUAUAAAAAUCUUGAACUACAUGAUUUUCUCUACAACAUUUGAGUUCGGUUAGCCAGCAUUUGAACUUUUGUUUAUUCUAGUGACUUAUUUCAAUACAUCAAAAUCAUCCCAACUUCCAUCAUGUAAACAGCCCAGAGUAUGCCCGUUCGCAGGUUAGGUGCUGGGCACACUGGCUGGGCAUGACCAAACUUGCGAACGGGCAUACUCUGGGUACGAGAUUGCUAAUAUAAUACGCCUGUUCAGGAUGCAGGAAAAGACCGAAAAGUGCAAUUUGAAUAUCAAACACCUUGCACAAAGUCGAAGUUCAGCUAAGAUUUUAAUCCUACUUUCUUGGUAUGGGGGGUUUUAUAUGAAUCCCUUCAAUGCUUAUAACUUCUUGCUUUUGUAUGUAUAAUUAUACUGUUAAUGGUGAAGCUAGCAAUUAUUAAACUAAACUCUACAUGUCCAAUGAUUUAUUCACGUAUUAUGAUAUCAUUGUUGAUAUAUAUGGCAAUAUGUCUUUGUACAGUAUUCAGUGGCAAGCUAGCCACGGCAACUGGUCAUGCUAUGCUAAUAAACCUGGAUAUAAAUCAUUAAAAACUUGCAUCACAUGACUUGUUGCUACAAUUUCAUAUACCUUACUUAUAUAAAAAUUUGGGCAGUACUAGAAUUCGCGCAGCGCUGGGUUGCGCGAAUUUUAGUAAUGUGCGAAAUAUAAUCCGCGCAAAAAGCUUUGUGAUGUAAUAUGAGACACCGGUUGUUACUAAUGAGAACCAUACGUACAAUAAAUGUUCGUCGUGGAUAUAAAACAACAGUGAAGCACAUUACACAAUGAUUGUAUAAACCUGUAUCUACUCACACUACUGUAUACACAAAGCCAUAGACACAUUUGAGUGCACCAUGACUCCACAACACUCUCUACAGCACCAGGGAAUAUUACAAGUCCUUGUAUAAUAUAAGACAAUCAGUGGGCUUAUUAGAACUGCAAAUUCAUGAAAUCAUAUUUGUUUCAAUGCCUCUAUAUCGAACACUAAACAGCAAAUCUAAAUAUAAAUGUCUUCAUGUAUAUCACCAGAAUUCAGAAAGAAAUAAAGCUAUCCUUACCGGAAAUAUUCAAAAUAUUGUCGAUCGUUUGCAUCGUGAAAAUCCAACAUACUGCAUGUAAAUAACAAGGUAUUAAACUGAAAUCGAAUUACCUGAAUUAUUGAAAAUAUUGUCGAUCUUUUGCAUCGUUAAAAUCAACAUACUGCAUGUAAAUAAGCUCGUACUAAACUGUAAUCCUGAGAAGAAUCAUGCGAGCGCAAUACAAAUCAAAAUCGAAUAGUGAAAACAAAGAGUCGUCGAAUGCUCGAGCGCUGACGACAAUUAGUUGCGAAAAAUCUUCACAUCCGACGGACUGACAUGGAUUGAGUAUGUUUCCCAAUAUAACUCGGCCGGGGACUGGGCACGAAAAAGCAAAAUCUCACAUCCGACGGACUGACAUGGAUUGAGUAUGUUUCCCCAAUAUAACUCGGCCGGGGACUGGGCACGAAAAAGCAAGAACGUCAUGUAACGUCAAGAAUAGGGAGCUGCCUCGCUACGCUCGGCAGCAAAUACUGUAAUGCAAUUAUCGUCGAUCGUCUUCAGGAACUGUUGGAAUCCCCGUCACUGCGUUAAUGAGUUUGAGUUUUGGUUGUGUGUAUGGUGGGUAAAAUGUCGUGUGUAAAACUCGUGGGUCGAAAAAUGCUCUAAAUUUCCAUUUUUCGCUCAGAUACUGCUUUUGCUAAAGUAAUUUCUGUUAGGGCGAAACGCGUGUAAGCGAUCAAAUGCUCGGAUGAAUAUUUAACUGAAAUUCUUCAUAUUAUGCGUUCGAACUAAAGUCAAGAACGCAGCAGGAUAUGGCCAGCUGGCAAGUAACUAAAAUGUUGUGACGAAACCUUAUUAAAUUACAAUGCGUAAAACACCUAGUAAUCCGACAAAAAAAAAUCAUAAACACCUAUAUAGUAAUCCGGCACAAAGUUCAUAUUAAUCUGUUCAACAAUCGUUAUAUGUCUUGCGUAUAAGUCGUCGUAAUUUUAGCUACUUUGAAUUGAUUUCUGCUCUACUUGAUCAAGUUAUAAAUUCGUUUCAGAACAGUAGCGAAUGACAUUCACUGGGUAACAUCGACAAAAAUAACAAAAUAGGGUGGUUUGGCCUUAACGAGCAGGUGCAUAGCAAGGACCAUAUAAAUACCAGGGGAGGGGGGGGGUGGUGAGAUAAGAAUUAUAAGAUUGUUGAUUUGUGGCAAAAUCCCCCCUCUCCAACAGUUUCUAAUAUAAAGAUUUGGAAGAAUUACAAAUUCUUCUCUGCUGACGAACAGUGGGAUAGGCUCCCCCAUAUCUAAUACGAGCAGAGAAAAUUGAACCAAUAAAUAUACAUAACAUAAUUACUAUUUUAUGAUAGUAAUGGUAAUCUACAUUGUUCACAUUAUAUUUGUAAAAAAGAUUUAAGAUGAGAAUGACAAAAAUACAUGGUAAUAGUAAUAUUUUGUAAUGAUAUCUGGUAUUCAUUUGAUAUUCAUUCAGGAACAAAAUGUAUAAUAUGCAGUACAAUGAAUGUCUUCAAACUGUACAAUGGAGCACCACAAGUUGUUCGACCAGCAGCACUGCUUUCUUGCUUGCCCCAAAUUAUGAGUGGUUUUGUCAAAGGUUCACAGCAAUGUUCAGCCGAAUUUUUCCAAUCAUUUUGGAGGAUUUUGGAGGAAAAAGCUCAUCUGCAAUCAACGGAUCUUAUACCACGAUAUUGUAGCCUUGAAUUUCUGAAUUCAUUUUGCUUCUCACUCAGGAGUGAAAUUUUAUGCAGCGAGUGUGACAAUACUACAAGUAACUGUGCCACUGAGACAGUGCUUCCAUUAUCUAUAACAAAGGUAUAUAUAUACCCAAAGAAAUAGAAAGUCAUUGUCAGUGCUAGAUCCAUGCAAGCAUUCAUAAUUUCUUUGUGAGGUAGUGUGAGAUUAUUUGGAUGUGUAAAUUAGCCACCUUGGAGUUCAGAAAAGGACUGUGUUUAGUGUUAAAAAGUAACAAAAUAAUUUAGUGCAUUUUAAAAUGACCUCUCAGUUCUUGAGUAUUUACCACCAGCAAUUUUUCCUUAAUGUUACGGUAGAUAAAAUGGUUUGAACAGCAUAAUAGGUAAAUGCACACGUGGACACAUUUUAUUACAUUAAUAAACAAAACUCAAUUGAACAUUAUUCAAUAACUGGAAACUCAUUUGUUCUUUUAACCACAAUUUACCAGGGAUUACCUUUACAAGAUUUGUUGGACCAAUACUCUGCACCAGUUCAAUUGGAACAGCCCUACAACUGUGAAAGGUACAGUUAGUACAUAUACUGUGAUGCCACCAGUAUUAAGCAUGUGCAAAUACAGUUAUUAUGCCCUGCACUGUGACGUCACAGGUAUUUUGUGUCACUAUUCAAAUAGGUUAUAGGUCUGGAGGGGCACGUGAUUUGUUGUUGUAGUUAAGGUGGCUCCCUGCUGUUUUCGGCAAGAGGAAAAUUGAUGAUUUGGGGUGGAAUUUUUGAACAAUUGUGAAAAGCAAAUAAUAUUAAGUCCUAUAAAUUACUAUCUGAAGAGUAUAAUAUUUUUAACCAAAAAUGACGUCAUUUCCAUUGCUAUGGUAAGGCCACAUAAAAUAAAUUCCUUGAUUCUCAUCACUACACUUUGAAAAUGUCGAAGAGGCGGGAGGUUUAUAUUUUAUAUUUAUAUAAUUUAAUAUAUAUCAAUAAAUAAAAGUGUCACAAACUGAAAUAAACAUAUUCCUCCACGAACAAUGACUGGCCCUUGAACUGAAUGCGAAGUUCCGUUAAAAUGCAAUGAAAUUUCUUUCAAGGUUCUAUUUGUUUGAAAUUGGCAGUUUAAAAUGGCACUAAAAACCCAAUAUAAAAUAUAAAAAACCCAAUAUAGAAUAUAAAAUAUUUUGUCGGGCGGUACAUUUAUAUUGUAUAACAAAAUAUAAAAAAAUUUCACGCGGCUCUUAAAAUACAGUCGGGCGGUGAUGAGAAUCAAGGAAUUUAUUUUAUGUGGCCUAACCAUGACGUAUAAUAGCGAAAGUAAUUAUUAACUUUUAAAAAAAUUGCCAGUGUAGACACCCACCGUUUUUUUUCAAGUUAAAUUAGUUUAAUUAAUGUCAGAAAAUCGGCCAUAUUGAGACGUGAUGGUUACCAUAGCAACGGAAGUGGAGUCAUUUUUGGUAAAAAUUUCUGCUCUCGGAUAGUAAAUUUCACAACUCACUACUAUUUGCAUUUUAACAAGUCACAAUUGUUCAAAAAUUCCACCCUAAAUCAUAUUUUCCUCUUGCCGAAAAACAGUAGGCCACCUUAAAAUGGAGAGUGUAAUGGGGAACACUUAGAGCGUUAAAACAAUUAUAUUACUACUAAAGCCAACUUUCCAUCAUUUUUAGAGUGUACAGCGUUAAAUUAACGUAAAGUACUAACACAUAAAUUUGUACCACAUACACGUUUUGGUUAUUAUUAAGGUGUGGUAAAGGAACUGAUGCCUGGAAAAGAACUUUAGUGCGGAAUCCACCACAGAUAUUAUGCAUUCAGUUAUUGCGCUUUGACGCAAAUGGCCAAAAAAUAAACAAGGAAAUAGAUUAUCCACCCGAACUAACCAUACCUGAGUAUCAACGCGAUUUGAAAGAUGGCAGAAGUGCAACAUCGACAGCCGAAUACACCCUUUCUUCAAUAAUUGUACAUGAAGGAAACCAAAUAUCGUCCGGGCAUUAUGUUUGCUAUGUCAACAGAAGCGGGAGAUGGUUUUAUACAAGUGAUACCGUUGUUAAAGAAACAUCACAGUUAGCCGCAUAUCACCAGAAUGCAUACAUGCUUUUUUACGAGAAAAAGGAGCAACAAGGCCACACCAGUGCAAACGUCGUGCUUACAAAACCAGUACCUACAUGUAGAAAGGAUAAAGAACCCGUAUUAAAUAUUAACACUUGA